UCAACUGCUGGAGACAUGGCGACGUCCCUGAUCUGCGGCUGUUUGACGGCUACCCUGAGAACUUCAGGGGCCAGAAACACUUUUCAGUCUGCUACCAAGGUUCUUGGUGGUUCCACAGGUCGGUUUGCAGGCCACGUGUCUCAGCGGCAGCCCUCCUACCUGCGGCAGCAGCAGAGGAACCUCUCUCUACACGAGUACAUGAGCAUCGGCCUGCUUAAAGAGGAGGGCAUCUCUGUUCCAGUUGGCAUGGUAGCUAGCUCCUCCGAGGAGGCGUACGCUGUGGCCAAGCAGAUCGGCUCAAAGGACCUGGUGGUGAAAGCUCAGGUGUUGGCUGGAGGCAGAGGAAAGGGGACGUUUGAGGGUGGACUGAAGGGAGGAGUCAGAAUCGUCUACUCACCAGAGGAGGCCCGAGACAUUUCGUCUCAGAUGAUUGGUAGAAAACUGUACACCAAACAGACCGGGGAGGCGGGUCGCAUCUGCAACCAGGUGUUUAUCUGCGAGCGUAGGUACCCCCGCAGAGAGUACUACUUCGCCAUCACCAUGGAGAGGUCCUUUCAGGGCCCGGUGCUGAUUGGCAGCUCGCAGGGUGGCGUGAACAUCGAAGACGUGGCUGCAGAAAAUCCAGACGCCAUAGUGAAAGAACCCAUCGACAUCGUGCAGGGUAUUACAAAGGAGCAGGCUGUCAAGGUCGCUCAGAAGAUGGGCUUCCCACCCGCGUUGGUGAACGAGGCAGCCGAGAACAUGAUCAAACUUUACAACCUGUUUAUCAAGUACGACGCCUCCAUGGUGGAGAUCAAUCCCAUGGUGGAGGACUCUUCUGGCAUUGUGAUGUGCAUGGAUGCAAAGAUCAACUUUGACUCCAACGCAGCGUAUCGCCAGAAGAAAGUGUUUGAGAUGCGAGACUGGAGCCAGGAGGACCCCCGAGACCGACAGGCCGCCAAGGCCGAUCUGAACUACAUUGGUCUGGAUGGAACCAUUGGCUGUCUGGUCAAUGGAGCUGGUCUGGCCAUGGCUACUAUGGACAUCAUCAAGCUCCAUGGCGGCACACCUGCUAACUUCUUGGAUGUAGGAGGCGGAGCUACAGCUCAUCAGGUGACGGAGGCGUUUAAACUCAUCACUUCAGAUAGGAAGGUUCAGGCCAUCCUAGUCAACAUCUUCGGAGGCAUCAUGAGGUGUGAUGUCAUUGCUCAGGGCAUCAUCAUGGCUGUCAGAGACCUGGAUCUCAAGAUCCCCAUCGUGGUACGGUUACAAGGAACUAGAGUGGACGAUGCCAAAGCUCUGAUUGCUGCCAGUCCACUAAAAAUAUUGGCCUGCGACGACCUCGAUGAAGCUGCAAAAAUGGUUGUAAAGCUUUCUGAAAUAGUGUCUUUGGCCAAAGAAGCUCAAGUGGACAUCACCUUCCAGCUGCCCAUUUAAACCAUCAACAGACGCAGUGAGCCGUGACUCCACGCCCCCACUGACCUCUCCAGACGUCUUCAUAGUGUUUGUGCUUCAGUGGUGUGACGGCACGAUUCUGAACAGCUUCACUUUACAGAAAACACCGUUUCCUCUUUGCUGUCUCACCCCCACCCUCCAGGUCAACCCUCCAAAGUUUGAUUGCAGCCAGUUCGAUGCGCAGGAACCCCAACUUUUAUUCCCCUCUAUUCACAGACGUCUCUUUACGUCUGUACAUCCUCCUCAGAUCUGUUUCAGCAUAUUCUUCCACGUUUAACAUCUGUUUUUGACUCUGGAAUUAGUUUGUAUUUCCAACAUUUGAAGCGAGUCAGGAUCAGACGAAAAGGAUUUGAGUUUUAAAAGUAGUCUGUAUUAAGAACAUAAACCUGGACGGAGCCGCGCCUCACUUCUCCCCUGUGACACACACAAACAGCGCAGUAGCACUGAUGUAGAUCUUUAGAUGCUAAUAGAAGCAGAACACGUGCAGAAUCCUCGCAGCAUCACUUUCAGUUCUUUCUCUCCUGCUUCAGGCAGAAGUGUUCAACAGCUGAUUCAUUAUCCACCGACGUUUGCUUCAUGAAACGUUUCAGUUUCACUCAGAGCGUCUGCAGGCAGUAUGCACGCACGUUGUCAUGAUGAUGAUCCAUUUACCUGAAGAUCUGAACGGGCCACAGUUCUUUGUUUAGGUUACUGUCCAUGACGGCUGCACACUUGGAUGCAUUUAUUUGUGCAGAUAUCAGAAUACGUCCAGGGUUUUCCAUCAGACAUCAUUUCCAUUCAUGCAAUCCGUUACAAAAGUGACAUAAAUGCACCAAAAACAGCCUUUUGUUGUUUUAAGAUGCCAACAUGAAAUCUGCUGGUGUGUUUUUAUCAGCUGAGGAGGAACUAAGACGCUUUCCUGCUGGUUCAUCACACACUUCAUUUAGGUAAGUUCAGACUACAGAAACAUUUGCAGUUUCUUUCCCCACUCCCCUUGGUAUUUUAAAAGUUACAGGAAAUGAACUUUUUACUACUAAAGUUUUCAGUUAUUGACUGACUGCAUCACCUUCAUCGUGCCACAGAACACCUGCUGCUUUCUUUCGGUUCGUCUUAGUUCUGUAUGUCAGGCUGGUGUUGCAGUGCUGCAUCCUCAGCUAACACCUGUAGUUUCCUCCUCCUCCUCCU